GUAUGAACCAUGAGUCCAAUAAAUCACAAUCAUUAGGAAUGAUCUCCACGGCAACUCGCACCACGGCCACUGUCAGUCCCCUCAGCCCACUAACCAAUGGGAACGCAGUUGCUCAGUCUGCAAACUCCGGAUUCGCCGCUGCCCUGCGUAAACUGGCCAAACAGGCCGAAGAUCCCAGAGGUUCUGCCAUCAGCGGUGAGUCGUCUCCAGUCUCUUCUCCGGCCACCAGCCACAGCUCGCCAGUCUCCACCCCUAAGCGGGGCUCAUUAGGGCCCCUCCUUGGCCAGACCAGGGGUCACAGUGUCCCCGGCACCCCUCCAGUAGUCACCAUUGCCCCCACCAAGACCAGCAACGGCCUGUGGAGGGCCGACGGACGACAGGUGGAUCCGAGUGUUCUCAGUAGGGAGUGGGUGGAGAACACCCAUCCACAGCAGGGUAAGAGGACUCCGCCCACCCAUUCACCUCACCACCUGGCUCAUCACUUUGGUCUAACCCCCAGCUCUGUAAUGCAGGACCCUAGGAUACAGAGCCUUAGUUUGCCUGGGCAGAUGCACCCUGGUGUGCCCUCGGUUGGCAUCCCAGAGGAGUACCUGAGAGCGCUCCGGCCCUUCGCCACCUCAGAUGACCUUCGAAUGGCCUCCCUUCCCAUGAGUUUGGACCCUGCCCAUGCUGCACACGCUGCAGCCGCUGCUGCUUACUAUCAUCCUGCCUACCUGCACCACCAGUUGUCCUUACAAAGGAUGGACGAGUCCAUGUGUCUUUCUGCUCUGCGCUCACAGUUCUACUCUGUGCCUGGAGGGGGCGCCUUCUCUCAUCUUCACCCCUCUGCCCUCCACAUGCACCUACCCGGAGGCCGCUACCCCGGAGAAAUGAACCAUACAGCAGCGCUGGCAGAAAGGCUACAGAUGGAGAAUGAGCUCCGCCAGCGAGAGAGAGAGCAAGAGCGUGAACGAGAGAAAGAAAGGGAGCGCGAGGCCGGGAUGGAACGAGAGAGGGAGAGGGAGGAGGAGCGGGAGAGAGAGCUGGACAGACAGAAGGAGAGGCAGAGGGAGAGACAGCAGCAGAUGGUCCGAGCAGCCGAGAGCCACUACCUGGCUGAGCUGCAGGCUCGCAGGGCCCCACCGGAGGAGAGGGCCAGGCCAGGGGAGAGGCUGACCCCAAACAGACUGGAUAAAAACAAGGAUUCAGAGCACCCAGGUUUCCCAUCACCCAAACAUCUGUCCCUGCAGCCUGGUCUUCACUCCUCCAGAGGCUCCAUCCCACACCCUGUGCCCAGCUUGGUGCCUUCUCACCUGGGGAAGCAUCAUGCUGGCUCCGGGGGGAUCCAUGGAGCUCUUGCAGCUGCCAUGAUGACUCAGAGGGCCAGCGAGGCGGCAUGGUUAUCAAGGCAACGAGGGCAAGGGCAGGAGAGGGAGGGUCCGCUGGAGCAGGGCCUCAGGUCCCCCGGGAAAGGGGUGGAGCUGAGGAGAGACAGUCACAGAACCAAUUCAGUCCAUCACAACCAUUCAGGCAACAAAGACGCACCUCCCUGCCUCGGCGCUCCUCCUCCCCUCAUCUCCCCCAAAGGUCACCAUCAUGCCCCUGCCCCUCCGACUACACUGUGGAACCCAGCUUCCCUUGUCGACACCCCCGCAGACUCCCGCAGAAAACUCAACCCUGCUACACCGCCCAGUAGGCCGCCUCCAGGACUGACGAGAGUCGACAGGCCACCUCUGAGCUGGGGGGAGAAGCUGGAGGAGGGAGGCAGGAGGAGAGGGGAGGGCACAGAGAGGUACACCUCAUUAAGGGGAGCCAGUUUACAAGAAGCAGGUUCCUGGAACAAGGCAGAGCAAGACAGAGCCAUCCAGAGCCUCUAUCAGCGGCAUCACAUGAGUAACCUCCACCAGAGAGCCUGUGCCCCUCCCACAGUUCAGGGUACCUGCCCCGACCUGGUGGGUCGGAGUCAGGCCUCGUCUCCGUCUCCGGUGAGGGAGCGACAGAGUCAGCCGCCUGACAGCAUGCUGGUGUAUGACGAGGUUCUGCAGCAGCACCGCCGGCUGCUUAGCAAACUGGACAUGGAGGAGAAGAGGAGGAAGGAGGCCAGAGAAGGAGGUUUUUACUAUGACCAGGACGAAUCAUAUGAUGAGAGUGACGAGGAGGAGGUGAAAGCCCAUCUGAGGAGAGUGACAAAACAGCCCCCACUCAAACUGGAUGCAUCCUCUGAGAAAGUGGAUUUUCUACGUGUAUGCGGUCUGACCACACUGGCCAAUCGCGAUGAGAUUCUGGCACGGAAGAGGAGGAAGAGAAGGAGGAUGAUGAGGGAGCGCAGCCUCUCUCCGCCGACCGUGCGGGGCAAGAGGAAGGCCACUUCACCUUCAACACCUACACCUUCCCUAACCACACCGUAUUCUGCCGAGCAGAUGGACAACACCCCCGAACUGCAUGAGAAAAAAGACUUCCUCCAUAUGUUCAACCUUUCCCAUGUCAGCCCACAGCAGAGGAGAGAUAAGGAGAGGACAGAGGAGCUGCUGAAUGCCAUUCAGAAGAAGACUGUGACAUUAGACACGCUCAGAUAUAAUCCUUUACCUCCGUGUAUCAGUCCCCCUGCUCCCUCCAAUGGUGACUCCUCAUCAGCCCCCCUGCCUAGCCAAUCAAAUGGACAUCAUUACCCAGACUCUCCCAGCCCUUCCCCUCCCUAUUUACACAAACCCAAACAUCCCCCCCAUAACGACACAUUCAAACCCUCUUCGGACUCCCACGUGGCCCGCAUCCCUCCAGCCUUGGCCCCCCAUCAUGUAAAACGUGAAUUUAUGGAGACUCAGCCAAACAGGAACCUCCAGGGCCUCCAGAAUGGCGUUGUGGCUUCUCCUCAGAAAAAGGAGCCAAAUCCUGGGCCGAAUGGACGGAGUAGGCCCUGGGAGAGGUUCACACCAGAGGGCUUCGCUCAGCACUUCCACCAGGCUGUGCUGCAGUCCACACACAACACACUGCAGAACAAAGGAGUCUCAAAUUGUGUCCCUGAAGCUGGCAUGAAGACGGACCGCUUGUUGCCUCACAGCAUCUCUCAGCUGAAAAGUUCAUCUCACCUCGCCCCUCAGCAUUCACAUGUCAACGGCCAUCAUGUCCAUUCCCUUGUAGCCAGCGGAGAACUUCCAGUGCCGCGGGAAAACCUGUCUGAUGAGGGUGAGGAAGAGUCUGGUCAGGAGGAGGAAGAGGAGGAAGAGGAGAUGGAAGAAGCGCCCAGGAAGUGGCAGGGUAUCGAAGCCGUGUUUGAGGCCUACCAGGAGUAUACGGAUGAAUGGAGCAUAGAGAGGCAGAUUCUUCACAGUCAGUGUAAGAGACUUGAAGCACAGAAUUACAAUCUGACCAGAACUGCAGAGCAGCUCUCUCUCAAUAUGGGGGAGCUGGUGAGUCAGAGGCAGAAAGUGCGAGAGGAGAGGGAGAGACUGCAGGCCCAGCUGGAGCACUUCAGGCGGUGUUUGACGCUACCUAACAUUCACUGGGGCAGGGGGCAAGUGAACGGGCACACGCAGAGGUGACCUCUGACACACACUCCCUGACAGACACACCUCUGACAGCAAAGGAACAGUAACAGGAACAAGACUAGAGCCAGAACACUCUCUGCACUUGAAGCACUUGAAAGAGACAAUCCUUGUCUUGUUACCCCUGCUGGCCAAUCAGUUAUAUUAUUGAACUGAUUACCUGCCAUGUUGCCACGGUAACCGUAAAUCAUGGUGGCCAUAUGGUGUGGGCGUUCUCGCUCUCCCUCAUUCUGCCUAUGGAUUGUAACAACACUGUGUAGGUGAAACAGCAUCUUCGCCAGAGUAACGCUAACCACUCCCACUAGUCCCAGAUUUAGCUUUAAGGACUCUCCACCAUUUAGCUCACAUCAAUUUUUGCAUCAAAUGUAUUGAUUUACACUAAUGAGAUGUAUCACUCGUCACAAAUCUGUAGCCUCUCUGGACAGCAAUGAUAAGAGAGUAAGCGUGCAGCGGUCACUUGGUGAAGGAAUCAAAGCACACCUCAGGCCUUAAACUUGAUAGGAUGCACUUGAAGUGAAAUUGGAGGAAAUACUUGAUCGUCCUGUGUGGUAAAAUAUUUUAGCCUCUAUUAGCACCGUAUCUAACGGAUGUGUGCUGGUAAAGCUUCUGCAGAGGAUAGAAAACUGCUAAAAGAUAGAAUCUAUAUAAUGGAAAAUGGUAUCAUUGAAGUUUUUUGAGGUUUUAAUAAAUUUUCCAUUGGUAAUGUCACUUGUGGUAGAGGAAGAAUUUUCGUAUGUUUUACUGUUUUAACCAUUUCUUGUGGGAAGCCAUAUGUUUUGUUUAAAGUGCUGCUGGUCAGAAUAAAAAAAUGUUUAGAAAUGAAGGAUGCUAUAGCAGUUGUAUUUGAAAAAUGGUAUGUGAUGUCAAAAGGUUUGAGGGUUAGCCUUCAUGCACUGGGCGUUGGACGACAACGUGGCAAAUGUGAGUUUUAUUCACACCAAGAGUCUGGUUCAACCAAGAGUCUGUCCCACCACACGGUUAGAGAUGUCAAUUAAACUUGAAGAGUUGAUAUUAUCAAAGGUCUUUUGCAAUAUUCUACAAAUGUUCAUAAUAAUUGGCACUGAGAGAAAAUACUGUAUUUAUAAACAUACUGUCCAACUUUUGAAUUGUUUCCCUUAUCUGAAAAACUGUUUAAUUACUUAAAUGCCAAAUGAUUGAGUUCCAUUUCAGUAAUGUUAAAACUGAUAACCGUCUGUUUGUAACAAAAAGCAUAACAUUUACUUUUCUUUUUCUAUGAGAUUUAUUUUUGUUCAAGCCAGGUAAAACAAGAUGCCCCUUUCCUUCCUAUCUGAAAAUUGGAAUCCCAGGAGCCCAUUCCUACAAGCACAAGCUAUAGUAGCAAUCUCCCAAAAAUCUCCUGACCCGCCUGCGUCACCUGCUGUGAAAUCCUGCAUAUUUGUUUCAAUCAGUUAUGUAAUGUAUUAUUUGGGCUGUAUAAUUGUGAUGAAUUAUUUAUUAACAUAAAUUGCUGUACAUUCUGAUGGAAAUUUACAAUAAAAUAUUUGUAAAAUGUA